UUAGGUCGAGUUGUUAGUAUUGUGGCCAUGACGGACUAGGAGGUGAUAGCGAAGUUCGAAGUUGAGAUGAAGGGGACAUUGAAGCGUGAAGCUGAGAUGAACGAGGGAUUUGUCGAACCCGGGGCUUACGACUGAAGUUGAUUCGAAAGAAUUCCGAACCAACGAUAAGGUCAAGGUGGAAUGGGAUGAUAAUGGAGCCAGGGGAUACCGAUAUGGUGGAUCGGCUUGCCAUGACUAUAGGUGAUGCACAUCGUCUAAACAGUACAUCUCACGACUACUUGUUAUCCUAGUGAUUAUGGUGGUAUAUUGGACGCAUAGUCCAUGAAAUCGUACCGGAUAUCGUAUUGGGAAAGUCAACAGUAGGGUAUCUUUUGGUAAAACGACGAGGACGUAAGGUGGCGGAAGAUGGAAAAUGAGAAAGAAAAAAAAAAGAAUAAAAAAGAGGAAACUGAAAUAGAAAAUCACUCCUCGUCGAGCUGGAGCGUGUGAUUGGAUUGAGGAAGUUUGAUUGGUCAGCUAGCUCCCAGCUACGUCACUUCUUUUCUUGGUUGUCUUAUUCGGAUUGUCCGCAAGCCGUAAAUCGGAGAGAAGAAGAGAGUCCGACGACCAAAACAAAACCCCCAACCUCUCUCUCUUUCUCUCUAAUCUUCGUCUUCCUCAAAUCAGAAUUCUGAAUCUGCUAAUUCCACCAUGAAGAGUUUUAGGGUUUUCUUCCUGGCUAUCCUACUGCUCGCCUCUCCAUUCCUCAAAGGUUUGCGCCUUCCCCUCUCUCGCUCACUCUUCAGUUCUAGAUCUGGAUCCCCUCCCCUGCUCGUGAAGUCCUUGAAUGUAUCGAACUGGAGAUUCUCUGUUCCUGGUCGAUCCAUCGUGUUUGAUCUGUGCUACUGACUGAGAUCUGAUUUCCGAUUGCUUUCCUUAUUUGCUUAGCUCGAGGGUUUUGGAGUGGGUUUUGUUUUGGAAUCAAUUGGACUUUUGUUUGGGUGAUCGGAUUCAUCUGUACUGUUGUGGUUUUUUCGUAUCAGUUCUUGCUUCGAGUUAUUGUAUUGCGAACUUUGAGUAUUGGGUACUUGUCGAAUUCUGAUUGCUCCAGUGAAUACUACUGCAAGCUGGUUUUAGCAGCAAUUUUUUUUUCUGGAUUUCCAGCUUGCGUGGCUUGCCCUUCUUUUUCCAUUUUCGGAGUUGAAUGAAUGUAUAUAGGCGCCCCUUGAUCAUGGUCGUUGCCUGAUUUUGCAACAUCUGAUGGUCUGGCUUUCGCUAUUGAUUUCUUUUCCUCUCAUGUAUUGUAGUGGCUAGGUCUGAUACGGAGGCUGAAGGAGUGGACGCAGCUGAAUCAGUUCAGUCUACUGAGGAAACUACUGAUCUUGGGAUCGUUGGUUCUGAAGCUGAUGCCCAAGAUUUUGGUGAUGAGAGUUUUAAUCCAGCUCCCGGGGUUGAGACUGUUUGUGUUUACCCCAAAAACAGCGCUAAAAGUAAGGGGGAAUUCACAUUGUCUCCUUUUUGUGUGACGCUUCCUGUGCAUUUAUGUUAUUUAGAGUUUUUAUUCCAUUUCUCGCAUUUUUGAGGUAUUCUUAUGAACUUUCCUGUGUUUUGGAUUUCUUUGUGUCAACAGUUAUACCUGCUGGACUGGAGUCUGAGCUUCUCGUUGGAGUGAAAAAUGAUGGUAUAGAGUUUGCUGCCUUACUUUCUGUUGAGCCUUGGGGUUGCAUUGCUUAGUAUACGCCCAUUUGCAGGGUUGUGCAUCUGGAUAACUGCAUGCACGUACAUAUUCAAAUUUUUAGCCCUUUUCUUCUCAUUGUUUUUUCAACAUUGAAAUGCAGGAGAAUCUGACAUUAACGUCAUUGCAAUCAAGGCCAGUGUUCAUCUUCCAUUUGAUCACAAUCUUCUUGUUCAGAAUCUCACUGCCCAGGUAAUUAUAGAAGUUUUGUCAUCUAGCUAUCAUGUUUUAAGUGGAUCCUAUCCAAAGGAGUGUUGGAAGCAUUAUUUGGUGUCUUCUAUUUAUUAUUAGUUUUUGGUGGCUGUCUUGUCUUGGAUGCAAUAUUAUCACUCAGUUAUGCUUGAUUUCAUCUAAGAUAUAUAGUUGCAUUGGUUUACCUUACGAUCUCUCUAAGUUAUCGUCUGGGUGUCAAAGGAAUUUUGGUAAAUCAAAAUGAAGAUGAUGGCUAGUUAUAGCUAUAGGGUAGAUUAAAUGCUUGUUGGGGGGAAUAGGCGCAUCUCCUUGAAUUUAGAAAUUAGAUGGCUCCAUGUUGUACUGGAGGGAGCAUAACUAGAUUGUUUCCCAUAGUAGUCCUGUUUCGUACACAUCUGACCUUUUGGUUUCUGUUAUGGAAUAGCGUUUAAUAUAUAUGGUUGUUUUAGGGCAACGGUGUUGGAUAUUUAUCAUGUGCUUUCUUGAAUGGUACGCAUUUUCUUAUGCAGCAUUGAUUAGGCUUGACUAAUCUGAACACUUUGUCUGGUGCUAUAUUUAGGCCUUCACCAAUGCAACUGUCCCGGCUGCAGGACAGGCUACCUUCCCGUAUAUUUUUGCAGUGAGCAAGUUUCUCCAGGUGAAUGCAUUAUCUUGCUAGUGCUUCUCCCAUUCCACGUUCCGAAAUGGCCAGUAUUUUAUUUUAUGUACGAUCCUAAUGGCUGUGUGAAAUCAUUGUUUGGGAUUUGAUUUUUACAUGAUUAAUCUGUGUAUGCAGGCUGGUACCUUUGAUCUUGUUGGCACUAUCAUUUAUGAAAUAGAUCAGCAGCCUUACCAGAGCACCUUUUACAAUGGCACCGUCGAAGUUGUUGAAUCUGGUGGUUUCCUCAGCAUGGAGUCGGUUUUCCUCAUCUCUCUUGGAAGUGCACUCCUCGUCCUCUUUGGUCUAUGGGUUCAUGGUCAAAUACAGAACUUCUCUAAGGUACAAACUUCUCAGGGUGUCAUUUGCAUUUCCUCUCCAAGUUAUGUCUAAUCAUUUAAAACAUUAUCCUAUAGUAGAUCUGGUUUACCUUCUCAAUAAGGCAGAUGCGUUGAGUUGCUAACUGGUGCACUUGGAUAUGAUGGACAAACAUGAAUGCUAAUGAGGCUAAUCCAAAUCCUUGCUUGUGAUAAUUGAUAAUAAAUUCUACCUAACCUAGCAGAUCGCUUAGCUUGUCAUUGGAUCCAAGUAAUUGAUAUUGAAUCUGUGAAGGUGUAGGUAGAUAACUGUUCCAAGAAUUCAGAUGCAAGUCAUUUUCUUAUCAUUGUGGCUCCGUUGAUGUUUUUAUCAAUACUUCGUUCAUAUAUUUCUACACGAUGGGAGAACUUAUUUUGAAUGUUGCCUUGUAUAGAAAACUAAGAGGGCUCCCAAGGUUGAAGUUGGUACUGGAACUAGAGAUGCGUCAAUGGACGAGUGGCUUCAGGUAACUGGUUUUUCUGCUGUUUUAAGUUUAGCUGUGUCCAUGACUUGCCUGUUGUUGACAAUUGCUUUUUUUUCCCCCUUCAAAGGGCACUGCCUACACCCAGUCCAACAAACAAAAGAAGAAGAAAUAGACGCUGGGUUGGGUUGAAACACAGGAGGGAGUGUAGUAAACUGCCGACUCUCGUAACUCAAAAUUUAGCAUUUGAAGAUGCCUCUGGAGAGAAGAGAACCCACGAGUUGCACGAACUAGUUGUGAAACUUAGGCCAGUAUAGAACUUGCCUAGCUGUUGUAGCAUGUGGAGGGUGCGGGGAAAAUGGAGUUUUAGGAUGAACUCUUUUUUUUCUUUUUCCUACUUUAAUGUUUUUUCUGGACAAUUUUGAUAGCAGAGUGAGUCCUUGAAGAGAACUAACUGUGCUUUUGAGGUAGGCUGGAUAUAAAUUUUACUGAAAGUUUGAAGAAUUUUCUUGUCUCGAAAUUGCUUCAUUUUCUUCUUUGUUGUCCAAUGCCAAUAUCAGAAUGUAUUAGCUUGUCUAGGUUGCGACGUUUGCUUAUAUGGAUCUAUCUGUGGGUUCCGAAAGCUUAGAAUUCGGACAAUGCUUUCCCUUUCUUGAGGAAGAUCUAUUCAUUGCUUCUAACGCACAAGAGUAGGGUACUAUUCUUUCGUCUAAUCGUGAUAAUAGUCGCCUCACUGUCAGUUCAAUCAUCAUGCUAACCGUAUACAAAAUAACGACAUCAAAAGGAGGCGCUAAUUGAGUCUGAGUUCAUACAUCAUUACAGAAACGAAACAAAACAAACGUUAAAAUACACUACUAUUUGCAGCAUUACGACAUCUAAAAGAGGCUCUGAUCAACUCGAAUCCAUCCAUCCAUCAUUAGAGAAAUGUAACAAAACAGACGCCAUGAGCUGCACUCGAACCACGUUACAGAUCUUGUUUAUGAAAAAAGCAUUCUUUGGGAUCUAUCUUCUCCAAAAUUCAUUUCACAUGCGCACUCAAUUAUUAUAUUAGUGGCGAUGAUGAUGAUGAAGAGAACGAGUAAUGACAUGGAUAACGAUGGCAUACCAAAUUAUCCCACCAGUUUUUGUGGACUGACCAUAAAUGAUCCUCUGCCUCUGCUCUGCUCUGCUGAUCCCUAACCAACACCCACAUCUACAUCGACAACGAAACAUACAGCAUGCAAGUAAUCAAAUCUCAUAGACUACUUCCCAUGUGGUGGUUUUUCAAGGUCGACAACCCCUUAAUACGCCAAUAAUAUCCCACUUCCCCUUUCCAAACUCCAUUCUUUCUUAAUUACCUUGCUAACUGCACAACGAAAAAAAGACUGUUCUGGUUUUAAUCCUCCUCUUCUGGGUUCACUGCUCUUCCGAACUGGAACUAUAACUCUCACGCACAAAUCAGCAUUGCCCUGGUGUGGAGAGGCUGGACUUCGAGGGUGCUAAAAAUGACCAAUAAAAGCAAGCUUCAGAAGAAGGUAAUGUGGAGAAACUGCUUACCAUUGUGCGCCGAAGCAGCAUAGUACUUUCUGUCAGAAGGAAUCAUUGUGCACAACAUCGUAACAUUACCCUGCAGAAGGGAAAAGUUGGAAUACUGGUUCAUUAGAUAGACAGGUAGAUAGAUAGUUAGGAGAGUGGCAAUGGCAAUAAAUAUCUCCCCCACCCCGUGGACUUUCUUUUUGUUGCUACAGGUCAGGAAGGGCAGUUAUGUUGCAUCACGUGAAGCUGUUUAUUUACACUGGAUAUAAGUGUGCUCGGUAGCGGUUCGCUCAAAAGAGUUGUCAAUAAGGUAGAUCGCGGAACUCUUGAAGCGAACAAACCAUUGUUUGCUUGAAACAGAAGCGAUCAGGGUGGUUCGCGCUGGAGGCACGUGAUUGUUCCUGAUGUUACCCUUCUGUUCUGAGCGUACCGGCUCGACGAAAAUCCAUCUGUACAACUAAAUUUGUACAGAAGCGAUCAGGGUGGUUCGCGCUGGAGGCACGUGAUUGGUCCUGAUGUUACCCUUCUGUUCUGAGCGUACCGGCUCGACGAAAAUCCAUCUGUACAACUAAAUUUGUGAACUGCAACUUCAAAACCAACUCUCUGGCCUAGCUGCAAGUUUUUUACUAUUGACUUUCAGGCCCAGUCCCUUGUUUGAAAAUUCAAAAAUAGGUCUGGCCACCAUAAGCUUCUGUCUUCAUCCACCUACAUAGAUAUUAAAUGCGAAGGGGAGGAAUAUGGUUGAAGGUAGGAAGGAGCUUUAAUGUGCACAGCACAGAAGAAAGAAGUAUGCCCCCUGCAAAAGGGUAUCCACAGCCCAUAACCAAGAUCUUUCUCAUGCUGUGAAAUCCUGAUUUCUUCUUCUUCUUCUUCUUCUACUGAGGUACAGUUGAGAUAAAGAGGUGGGCAUUUAUGGAGCGAAGCCGGUGAUGGUGGAGACAUUUCCCUCUCAAAGUGAAAACUGAAAACCACCACACUAGAAGAUGAAUCCCAAAGGACAUAAGAGGUUAAACUUUGAACAUUCAUGUGAGGCCCUUAAUUCAGUGUCGGCCAUGCCACAGCCACAGCCAUUAUAUAACCACCACACCCUUCUGCUUCUCCAUCUCAACUAACUCUCACAUCUCUGCAACAAAUCCAGAAUACAGACAAUGAUUCCCCUUUCUCGAGGAGGGGCAGCACCUUUGUGCCUGCUUCUGCUCUUCUCUGCCACUCUCUGCCAUGCUCAGAAGACAGCCCAGGUCCUCGUCGUUGGUGCUGGAGAAUGUGUCGAUUGCGCGAAGUCUGCACUCAAGCCCAGUCAGGCCUUCUCAGGGCUUGAAGUGACAAUUGACUGCAAGCCACCAAAUGGUGAGUUCAAAACUAAGGGGGUUGGUAAACUUGACGUGGAAGGCAAGUUCACAGUGUCUCUCCCUAGUGACCUUGUGACACAAGAUGGGAAGAAGCUUAAACAAGAAUGCUACGCGCAGCUCCACAACCCUGCCGCCGCGGUGCCCUGUGCAGCCCACGGCGGGCUGGACUCGACCAAGGUCGUGUUCAACUCGCAAAAGAACGCGUUCGAGCUCUCCGGCGGGAAGCUCAAAUUCUCGCCGGAGGUCUGCUCGUCGGCUUUCUUUUGGCCUUACUUCAAGCACCCGCCCUUGCCUAAGUUUCACCUCCCUCCAUUGAAAUCCUUCCACCACUCUUUCCAUUUCCCUCCUCUCCCUCCGAAGGUCUUCCCUCCCUUCCCGCCCAAGUAUAGUCAUCCACCGGCGGUUCUCCCACCACCGGCUGUGGUCACGCCGGUGCCAGAGCCGCCGGUAGUUGUCAAGCCUCCUUCCAUCCCCAAGCCGGCUCCCAAGCCGCCGGUCGUGGUCCAGCCUCCCUCAGUCCCCAAGCCGGAGCCCAAGCCUCCGGUCGUGGUCAAGCCGUGCCCACCAAAGGCCCCCAUUGUCAAGCCGAAGCCGCCACCAAUGGUUAAACCGUGCCCUCCAAAGGCCCCAUUCGUCAAGCCGCCAUCGGUCCCAAAGGAGUUGCCGCCGCCGGUGCCGAUCUACAAGCCGACUCCACAUCCCCCGAUUUACCACAAGCCGCUGCCGCCGAUCCCCAAGGUCCCGAUCUAUAAGCCGACCCCGCAUCCGCCAAUCUACCACAAGCCGCUGCCGCCGAUCCCCAAGGUCCCGAUCUAUAAGCCGACCCCGCAUCCGCCAAUCUACCACAAGCCGCUGCCGCCGUUCCCCAAGGUUCCGAUCUAUAAGCCGACCCCGCAUCCACCAAUUUACCACAAGCCGCUGCCGCCGUUCCCCAAGGUUCCGAUCUAUAAGCCGACCCCGCACCCGCCAAUCUACCACAAGCCGCUGCCGCCGUUCCCAAAGGUCCCGAUCUAUAAGCCGAUCCCCAAGCCGCCGGUAGCUCUCCCUCCAUUCCCAAAGUUGCCGCCUUUCCACAAGAAGAAGCCAUGCCCACCACUCCCCAAGCUACCUCCGUUCCCCAAGCUGCCUCCCAAGCAUAAGUUUGGAAGCUGGCCUCCUCUCCCACCUUACUCCCCAAUUCAUUAGAGUUCUACUUUGAUCGAUUCUCUAUAAUUAUUGUUGUUGUUAUUUUAUUACUAAGUGGAGGUUCUGAAGUUGAAGCACUGCAAGAAAUAAGAAGACUGAACUAGGCUACAGUGGAGAAGAUGGGAAGACGCAAAGGAUUGAGAUUUGGAUUACUAUUUUCUUAAAGGGUUUGUUUGGAUUUCAAUUAUUUGUUUCUGGGAACGGUUUUAGAGUUGUAAAUUAGUUAUUACUGUUUUUUACUUGAUUACUGCAUGUAAUGGUGGAGUUUCUGCUUUAUGGAUCUGCUUUUGGAUCAUUGUGUUGAAUGUUCUAAUAAAUCAUUUUCCUACCU